AUGCGACAGCAGCUUAACAAGCUCAAUGGCCUUGCUGCUGCUCGCCUCCUCACCCUACCCCUCAACCACCCCAUCUUCCACUGCCUGGUGGCAAAUCGGGUCACCCACCCACCAGCAUUCUCGCUACUUAACCCCAACAUCCCCAUCCACUAUGGUAACAUGGCAGUGAGCAUCCUCGAAUGCGAGCUUUUCAACAAGGCAGCAUGCAUCCAGCCUUGGCUCCAAUCCCCUUGGGUGACCCUGCACCUGUGGGGCCUGAGGGUAACUGUUACGCUUCCCCCUCCAUCCAAGGAAGGAUCAGACGAUUACCUAUGCACUUUCUUUUAUCCUUUACUACAUACUUCCACUCCCUCCCCUAUCACGCUGUGGGUAUUCACCGACGGCUCCCAAGUAGACAUCCCUGACAUGGCCCCUCAAAACUGGAGAGCAGAUGCAGGUGCGUGUAUUAUCCAUCAGGGGGCCAUCAAGUACGAGCGGGCAUGGGGCAUGGGCCACCGUGCCGAGCCUCAGCAAGACUCUGAGCUGCCCAAAGCCUCAAAGCGCAAGGCCACCCCUAGGAUCGACCUCGACGCCCACUACAAGCGUCAGGAAACCAACAAGGAGCAUGGAAGGCUCCUCACACUUGCGUCACUAGGCGCAUCGUCCACAGACAGGCAGCGAGCAGCAGCUAGGGUUGUAGAUACCACACACAUCAUAAAGCGCGGAAUCAUCCACAAGCCACGCGAUCACACCCCACCGCUCGAACGCUACAAGCCCAGAAAAGGACAUCUUACCACUGAUAGUCGCAAGCCGGCACCACCCCCAGAGCUUAUCACCUCCAACGCAGUUCCUCCCCCUGUCAUUGCUCCCAUUCCAACUCGUCCCCUACCCAACUUCAUAAAGACAAACACCAUUGCACGUCCCAUCCGCCCACUCCCUUCCAGAGUCAGGCCGACGAUCCACAUCGAGACCCUUACGAAACAGGUAGAUGCUACCCGUUUCAGGCUCCAACCCAUAUUAGGAGCAUUCUCAUAUCAUCUCAAGGACGAGCACCAAAAACCCAUCUUUAGCCUCGCCACAGAGCUCGAUAAAGUUUGCGCUGACCUACACACAGGAACGCGCACAUAUACAUUCGUCGAGAAGCAGGUUAUCAACAAAGUCUGUCUGGAGAUAGGAGAAAUCAGUUUCAAGCAGAUAGGAAAGGAAGAGAGGCUGCAGGAAAUUGCCAAGGCUCUGGUCUUCAUCUCGAAAGCAAGAUAUUUGCACUUUUUGUAUUAG